AUGGACACGUCGUCAACCCUCGCGACGAGCGCCACCCCGACAAUUCCCGCCGAACAGCUUGCCGCACUUACAUCGCUGCUGUCGGGACUCACCGCUGCCGCUUCCGGCACUACCGCACCCGCCACGACAUCCGGCUCCAAUCGCAAUGCCUUCCCGAAGCAUGCGCGGUUGGACGGGCCGAAGACGUUCGCGAACUGGACACGCCAGCUUCGCCUGUGCCUAGCGGACGACAUCCGCUCCUACGUCCUCGACGGAAUCACCCCCGACGAUUGGACGCCUUCGCAACGCUCCGCCCGCGACGUCGUGGCACGCGAGAUCCUUGCAAACUCAAUCGACUCGGCCGAAGUCUCGGCAGUCCUCGACAAGAUCCCUACGGCCGACCUCACAGCGCCCAAGAUUUACUCGACGCUGAAAUCGCGAUACGCCCCUGAUGACGCCACUCGCACGCUCGAGCUCUUCUCGCGACUCUGGGGCUUCCGACCCAUGCCCGGAACGGUUGGCGAAUUUGACAGUUGGAUCAUGGACUUCAAGUCGGUCGCGCAAGAGAUCAUCGAUACGAAAACGACGAUCAACGACGUCCUUGCCACACUCCUCCUCGCGAUCGCCCACCCGUCACUCGAGAGCUUCAAGGCAACGUUCACCGACGAACAACGCACGCAACGAACUCUCCCUGACAUCGAUUCAGUGGCCGACCGUAUGCGAGUUCAACUCCGGUCAACGAACCUCUCCAACGAUCAAUCGGCCCUCCUUGCCUCGUCGUCGCCACGUUCUACCCGUACCAAGUGCCUCGCCUGUCGCAGCUCUUCUCACCGCGUCGCACAAUGCCCUACAAGGGCCCAGCAUCCACCGCCAGGCCCGUGUCGCUCCUGCAAGAAGAAGGACCACUGGUCUUUCGACUGCAAAAAGGCUCUUGAGGACGGGAAAACGCCCGACACCUCUGAUGCGCAACACCAUGUCGGAUGUCUCGCCACCGGUCUUCUCGCACAUCGUCGUCAGCUUCGCAACAACUCCUUCGUCGUCGACUCGGGUGCCACUUCGCACAUGGUCUCGGACAAGUCGCUGUUCACGGCCUAUCGCCACAUCGCUCCUACGAAGAUUGGUGGUAUUGCAGGGGGCAUCAACGCCGUCGGAACGGGAAACAUCGCCUUUGUUGCCGCCUCCGGUCACCCGAUCACGCUUACCGGCGUGCUGCACACCCCGGGCCUGUCUGUCAACCUCCUCUCGGUCUCUCGACUUUGCGACACCGACGAUGUCCGUGUCGCCUUCACGAAGCACGGCAUCCAUAUCGACAAGAACGGCAAUGCUAUCGCUGAAGGCGCAAGACUCGAGGAAGGGCUCUACUUGCUGGACGCUGAUCAUUCCAAAUGUCAGCAUCUCGCUCUCCUCUCUCGCUCACAGUCUUCCGUGCCCCUGCUGACCCUUCACCGCUGCCUCGGCCAUCUCGCACCGUCGUCCAUACAGAAGAUGGUUGCCGCUGGUUUGCUGGAAGGUCUCGGGGCCGGAUAUAGUGACGAAGAGGUAGAGAAGUUUGUCUGCAAUGCUUGCCUCAGUGCAAAGGGCCAUCGUCUUCCUUUUCCCGAUUCGGACUCGCACUCCUCAGAGAGACUCGGCCUCGUACACAGCGAUGUGCUUUCCUUUCCCGAGUCGUCCUUGACUGGCAAGCGUUACCUGGUCACGUUUCUUGACGACUUCUCGCGCAAACUGUGGGCAUACGCGAUCGGACACAAAAGCGAAGUCUUUGGCGUGUUCAAGACAUGGCUUGCCGAGGUCGAACUCGAGACGGGUGCAAAACUGAAGGUCCUCCGAACCGACAAUGGUGGCGAAUACUGUUCGAGAGCGUUCACGGAAUUCUGUAAGGCACGCGGCACACGUCGACAAUACUCUAUCCCUCGAACGCCUCAACAGAACGGUCGUGCCGAACGAGUCAAUCGUUCUAUCGUCGAAGGUGUCCUUGCCCUCCUUGCAGACGCCCACUUACCCAAAUCAUUCUGGGAGGAGGCAGCAGCUUAUUUCGUCUACUGCAAGAACCUGUGCGAACACUCGGCCCUGGACAAGGCAACACCGAACUUCGCCUGGCAGGGCGACCGCACCAACGCCUCGGCGCUUCACCCGUUCGGCUGCACGGCUUGGCUCACAGUCGCGCCUGAACUUCGCUCGAAACUCGACCCGAAAGCGGUUCGCGUUCUCUUCACCGGCUAUGACCUGGCUUCUAAAGCCUUCCGUUUCUACGACACGACGACCAAGAAGAUCAGUUUGGGCAGAAAUGCCAGGUUCCUCGACAACGAAUUUCCCGGGUUACGUAGCGACUCCACCGAGCAAGACGCCGACACGCACUUCGCCAGCGCUUGCCCGACCACCGAAUCCCAAGCCGUUGUCAAGACAUGGACCCCACUAGUAAGGUCGGCGCACAUGGACGUCUCAUCCUCUCUUGAUGACUCUGCCAUGAGCGCCGUUGACGUGGCCCCAGGGUACACUGGCGGAACCUUACUUAAUUCCACAGAUGCCGAAUCGUCCUCGUCACCGUCUCCUGAGCCGUCCUCGUCACCGUCGCCCGCAACUCCCUUGUCACCGUCGCCUGCGCUGUCACCGUCGUUGGCUGCGUCAUCGUCACCCUCGGCCUUACCGACCGACUCUGACUACUCCGCCGACCCUCUGGACCUCAUCGGCUCACAGACCCCGACUCGCCUCGGCCCACCGGACGUGCACCGCCCAGACUUCAGCACGUACCGUGAGCCCGCAUCGGCUGAGGAGUCGCCCGACGAACUCGACAUCAUUGGGCGCCACUCGCGCGAUGAAUCGCCGGACGAAAUCGAUUUCCUCACCCAACACCACCGCGCCUUCAUCGCCACCGACGACGACAACUCUGACACAGAAGCCAUUCAACCAGUCAAGUCCAUCACCAGCGACCCACAGACAUGGCGCGAGGCAAUGUCGAGUGACAAGCGCGAAGUGUGGGCCAAGGCCGCUACCGACGAGUUCAAUUCCAUGCGCGACGACUUCAAGGUCUUCACCAUCGAGGACCGAUCCACGGUACCAGCGGGUGCGACCAUCGUCACAUCCAAGUUCGUCUGGAAAACGAAACGGAAUGCACUCGGCGAAGUCACCGGCCACAAGGCACGGCUCGUGGCGCAGGGAAAUCGGCAACGCGACGGCAUCGACUUCAACGAAACCUUCGCACCAGUCGCACGCUUCUCCUCGAUACGCUCACUCCUCGCGCUGGCGGCCGCCAACGGCUUGCACGUGCACCAGGCGGACAUCGACAAAGCCUAUCUGCAUGGCGACCUUGACCAUGACAUCUGGAUGACGACACCGCGCGGCUUCGACCUUCCCACCGACAAGGUGCUUCGUCUGCGACGCUCCAUCUACGGACUCAAACAGGCUGGCCGAAUCUGGAAUCGACACAUCGACGCAUCGCUUCGAGAUCUCGGCUAUACGGCGACGGGCACCGACCACUGCGUGUACUCUCGGAUCGACGAUCGGCGACGCCCACACUACAUCGCGCUGUACGUCGACGACCUCCUGAUGAUCAGCCCCGACUUGGCCGAAAUUGAACGUGUCAUCUCGGGCCUCGAACAACGCUACGGCGUCAAGCGCCUCGGCCCGGCAGAGUACAUCCUCGGCAUCCAGAUCAGGCGACUCGAAGACGGUUCUAUUGCCCUGUCCCAGGAACGGUACAUCAUGGACGUGCUUGCUCGGUUCCACUUCGACACCACGACUCGCGGCACUACAGUCCCGAUGACCCCCGGCCUUUCGCUCACCGCCAUCCCGGGUCAAGGCACCGAACGGAUCAGGUCAUGGUAUCUGCAGGCUAUCGGCUCGCUCCUCUACAUUUCGCUCGGCACCCGCCCCGACAUCGCCUUCGCCGUGUCCUACCUGGCCCGCUUCGCCAACAACCCUGGACGUCGUCACUGGAUCGCGGUCAAGCACAUCCUCCGCUAUCUCCGGGCCACAUAUCGCGACGAACUGGUUUAUGCUUGCGGCGAGACACGCAUCACGGGCGUGGUUGGCUACUCCGACGCGAACUGGGGGGCCUGCGUCGAUACGUCGGUGUCCACUAUGGGCUACGUCUUCUACAUUGCCGGAUCCGCCGUGUCUUGGUCGUCCAAGCGUCAAUCUCGAGUUGCCGAUUCUACCACCGACGCUGAAUACCUCGCCCUCUCGCAUGCUGGCAAGGAAGGGAUCUACCUCAGUCAGCUGCUCGAGGAGCUCCAUGUCCAACCUGUUGCACCGGCUCACAUUUUUACUGACAAUGAAGCCGCUGCCGCAGUUGCCCACGACCCUGUCCGCGUCUCCGGCACUCGACACAUACGCUUGCGCGAGCACUUUGUUCGGGACAUGGUGAAUCGGGGCGAUAUCUCACUCUCGCAUGUGGGAACCAGCAACAUGGUGGCCGACAUCUUCACAAAGGCUCUUGGCCCAAAGAUUUUCUCGACACACUGCUACGCACUAGGCCUUCGCACUCGACACCCACGGCUUGGAUCUGCCUCGCAUUCGCGUGGGGGGGGGUGUGAAGAGUCCACUCUCAGCUCGACAGGGGCGCCUCGGUCGUUGCGCGCGCCUGCUAGCCUGGCCCCUGUGGUGGGGACUUAG